AAUCCAUAUGAAUAUAACCUAACAUUCAAUUGUAAUCAAUAAUAGUUAAAAACAAUAUAAUAACGAUUCACUCACUUCUGGAUUCAACGCGCGAUCAUUACAUCCAAUGGUUAUGUAAUGAAUGUAUUAUUGAAACACCAAAUCAAACAAUGAAUGAAUCAAUACAUUAGCGAUAGUGUUGUCAGUCAUUGACAGACAAUCAUAUGAUUGCACACAAUAUGUAAACAAAGCGUACGUUAAGUCAUAUCACUAUUCAUACCAUUAAACGUCUUAUUAUUGUCUUAUUAUUACAUUGAAUGUGCAAUCAAUGGAUUCAAUGUAUAUUAAUAUAGCAUUUGUGUUGAUUAUAACCGUUUCGUACACUUUGGGUGACAAUCAAAACGACAAUUCAAUCGAUCACUCAUUUGAUGCAAAAUCUUCGAGACAACAAUUUGAAGAGUUUUUAACCAAAUAUGACAAACAUUACAGCAAUCAUACAAACGAAAUUGAACGAAGAUUUAAGAUAUUUGAGAGAAAUUUAAUGACAAUUAAAUUACUGAAUGACAAUGAGUUGGGUUCGGCUGUCUAUGGCGUCACACCAUUUGCUGAUCUCAGCCCUCACGAGUUCAGACAACUCCACACCGGCUUCCGUCCAGAUCUUCACACCCGGCACUCGUCCGCACACAUGAGACCAAUCAAAGCGCAACAGAUCCGCUACACUGAUCUGCCCAAAGACUUUGAUUGGAGAAACACUUCGGGUGUGGUCUCUGCGGUCAAAAACCAGGGAAUGUGCGGCAGUUGUUGGGCGUUUAGCGCCACCGGCAAUGUUGAGGGCGUCGCUGCCAUUGUCACCAAGAAAUCGGUGUCGCUUUCAGAACAAGAAUUGGUUGACUGCGACAAACUAGACCAGGGAUGCAAUGGAGGUCUUCCCACCAAUGCUUUCAAAACAAUUAUUGAUUUAGGUGGGAUAGAGUCUGAGUCUGACUAUCCAUACGAUGGACGCAAUGAGAAAUGUCAUUACAAUCGUUCGCUUUCGAAGUUAGCAAUUGAUUCGUAUGUAGUUUUGCCCGAAGACGAGACAGCGUUAGCGCAAUGGCUCUAUAAAUUUGGUCCCAUUUCUAUCGGCAUUAAUGCAAAUGCGAUGCAAUUCUACUUCGGAGGAAUAUCUCAUCCCAUGAAAUGGUUGUGUAAUCCCAAUAAUUUGGAUCACGGGGUACUCAUUGUUGGCUUCGGUGUGGGAAAGACUAAAAUACUACACAAAACACAGCCCUUUUGGAUCAUCAAAAAUAGUUGGGGUCCCUCUUGGGGUGAAAAGGGCUAUUAUCGUGUCUACAGAGGGGACGGCACUUGUGGUCUCAAUCUGAUGGCAUCUUCCGCAUGGAUUGACAUCCAUUCGAGAUAUUAAUUCAAUAAUAUUUUGAUAAUACUCUCCAUUUUAUAACUAAUACUUUUGUUUGGU